AUGGCAGGUAUAUUCUGUUUUGUAAAACGGUGUUAUGGGUCAGAGAAAAAGCGCGCAAUUAAUCCUCUUGUUUUAAUAUCAAACAACCAAAAUAUUUACUUUAAUUUAUCAUUGGAAAAUUUUUUACUAACUAAUUAUAAUGAAUUGCUAAACUAUUUAAAUGUGAAUACUAUUGAAAAAUAUAACAAACCUGUUUUAUUUUUAUGGAGAAACAACAGAUCAAUAAUAAUCGGGAAAAAUCAAAAUAUAUGGAGUGAAUGUGAUUUAAAUAAUAUUAAAAAAAAUAAUGUUUUAGUAGCUCGUAGAUUUACAGGUGGUGGUGCAGUAUAUCAUGAUUUGGGUAAUGUCUGUUUUACCUUUUUAAAUAAUAAUAUAAAUAAAAAUAAUAAUUACAACAUAUUAUUAAAUACUUUGAAAAAUCAUUUUAAUAUUGAUGCAAAAUUACACGGAAGAAAUGAUAUAACAGUAAACGAUAGAAAAUGUUCAGGAUCUGCAUUUAAAAAUAUUAAGGAUGUUUUUUUACAUCAUGGAACAAUAUUAAUAGAUAUAGAGAAAGAUGUUUUAAAUAAAUAUUUAACUCCAGACAAAACUAAGUACAUAAAGCAUGGUGUAUCAAGUGUAAAUGCAAGGACUGUUAAUUUGAAAGAAAUAAAUAGUAAUAUAACAUGUGAAAAUUUAUGUAUAGCUUUAAUUAAAGAAUUUCAAAAAUUUUAUAAUAUAUCUGAAACGAAUUAUAAUUCAGUAGAAGAAAAAAAUGAUGAGCCGCUUGAAAGCUCACCUAUAAAUAAUAUUGACCAACAAAACACAAACUUAAUUAACAACACGGAUGUUGUAUCAAACAAUUUAAAUGUUCAUUAUAUUGAUACAAAUCAAAAUAUCAUAAAAAAUCCACAAUUUUUAAAAUAUUAUAAUUUAUUAAAGGAUUGGGAUUGGUGUUAUGGUAAAACACCUAAAUUUCAAAACACAUUUUGUAAACAAUUCAGUUUUGGAAGAUUAGAAAUAUGUUUUGAUGUAAAAAAUGGUUUAAUAAAAGAUGGAAAUAUUUUUUCAGAUUCAUUAGAUAUUAAUUUAAUAGAUCAACUUAAACUUAUAUUUAAUAAUGAUAUUAAAUAUACCAAGGAAAGUAUAAGUGAUUUUUUAAAAAAUGUAAAAGUUGAAAAUAAAGAAUCCUUACAAGAAAUCACCUCAUGGAUAUUAGAAGAACUAUAA